UACACAGAUGCCUAGAGUCGCUUUCGGCACGCCAUUGUGGAGAAAUAGUUACUUUCACAUUGCUAAAUCCUCACUGUGAGCUUGCCUGCGUAGUUCAAUUAUUGCGAGUAAAAUAACUAUAGAAGAAACUGUUUCACAAUGGCUACAGACUCCUGGGCACAGGCGGUGGACGAGCAAGAAGCAGCGGCGGAAUCGAUCGGUACUCUCCAAAUAAAAGACAAACCAGAGGAAAAUGGUAAGUAUGUGCAUGCAAGUUGUUGUAGUCAGAAAACCAGUAAUCCCAAAAUUGUCUUGAAUGUAAAUAUUAGUAUCUUUAUUAUUUAUUUUUAUUUUAUUUUUUAUACAAUUGCAGGCACGGCUGCAAAUGCAACAGAGUCCAGUAGUGCAGCUGCAAAGUCAGAAGCUGAGGGAGACAACAAGAGUACAGAUGACGAUGAGAAAGAGGACAAAGCGGCACAGUCGUUAUUAAACAAGCUGAUACGGAAUAAUCUUGUCAAUAACACAAAUCAAGUGGAAGUCCUUCAGAAGGAUCCCAACUCUCCGCUCUACUCUGUCAAGUCUUUUGAGGAGUUGCGACUUAAACCACAGCUCCUUCAGGGCGUUUACGGGAUGGGUUUCAACCGGCCAUCCAAAAUUCAGGAGACUGCCUUACCCAUGAUGCUGGCCGAACCUCCACAGAAUUUGAUUGCCCAGUCACAGUCAGGAACAGGGAAAACAGCUGCCUUUGUCCUGGCCAUGCUCAGUCAUGUAGAUCCCAACCACAAAUAUCCCCAGUGCCUGUGUGUGUCACCCACUUAUGAACUGGCACUUCAGACUGGCAAGGUAAUCGAGCAGAUGGGCAAACACUAUUCUGAGGUCAGAUUAGUCUACGCCAUCAGAGGAAAUAAAGUGGAACGGGGCACAAAGCUGCAGGAGCAGAUCGUUAUUGGCACACCUGGUACCAUGCUGGACUGGUGUGGUAAGUUAAAGUUCAUAGACCCCAAGAAGAUCAAGGUGUUUGUGCUGGACGAGGCCGAUGUCAUGAUCGCCACACAAGGUCACCAGGACCAGAGCAUCCGCAUCCAGAGGAUGUUGCCUAAAAACUGCCAGAUGUUGCUGUUCUCAGCCACGUUUGAAGAGUCAGUGUGGAACUUCGCCCAGCGCAUCGUGCCUGACCCCAACAUCAUCAAGUUGAAGAGAGAGGAGGAGACGCUGGAUACCAUCAAACAGUACUAUGUGUUGUGUAACAGCAGGGAGGAGAAGUUUCAAGCCCUCUGUAACAUCUACGGAGCCAUCACCAUCGCCCAGGCCAUGAUCUUCUGCCAUACAAGGAAGACUGCAGGCUGGCUCGCAGGGGAGCUGUCCAGAGAAGGCCACCAGGUGGCGCUGCUCAGUGGGGAGAUGCAGGUGGAGCAGAGAGCUGCUGUCAUCGACCGCUUCAGAGAUGGCAAGGAGAAGGUUCUGGUCACCACAAAUGUUUGUGCCAGAGGUAUCGAUGUCGAGCAGGUCUCUGUGGUGAUCAACUUUGACUUGCCAGUAGACAAGGAUGGUAACCCAGACAACGAGACGUACUUGCACAGGAUUGGCCGCACAGGUCGAUUUGGCAAGAGGGGACUGGCUAUCAACAUGGUGGACAGCAAGAUGAGCAUGAACAUCCUCAACAGGAUCCAGGAGCACUUCAGUAAGAAAAUUGAAAAACUAGACACUGAUGAUCUGGAUGAAAUUGAGAAAAUCGCCGGCUAAAAAGAAUGGUGUUUAUCGCAUGAAGGACGCCAACCAACAACCCCCCCCCCCCCCACCCCCUCUUGGCUCUCAAAGGACUGUACGCUCCUACAGUGUUUUAUGCUUUUAUUUUUUUAGCCGUCGGAGAAAAGAGAAAAAAACACACAAAUACAGCAUAUGUUUACAUGUGGAUAUGUCUCCUUUCAGACAAGUGUUUUGUAAGUCUCUGGUACAUACCCCAUUUCACUCUUUGUACUUCUUUAAAUAAAGUCUAUGAGUUUAUCGCUGUGUAUUGUGAUGCUGCAAAAGCGGCCGUAGCCGACUCUGUUUUACUGAAUACACUUGGAGCUAAAAAAAAACACUUUUUGGUGUUGGCUGUAGUGGUGGCAUGAUACAAGCUAUCUGUAAAGAGAUUCACAAAAAACCCUAAUGGAAAAAUAACCAUUUUAUGUGCCACAAAGUUUUUAAUUUUAAGAGGAACAAAGUAUAAUCGAAUGUAACUGUAUCAUGUUGCCUAUUACAGCGUUUAUUGUGACUACCAAACCUCAGUACAAAGGGUGAAGUUGGGUAUGCUGCUCUGAGCGGUAGUUUAAAUCACGACGAUUGUUAUUGGGAUGGUGAUGGUUGGGUUUCAAGGGUCUAUGCAAACUUAUCAACCUGUGAUAGCUAUUCUCAAAUACUAUCAACCUGUAUUCACGACAGAAAUUAAUCCUGAAUUAACCUCAGCUUUAGCAUCAGGGUGUGUAGUCAAAUGCCAAAAAACGGCUGUCUAGAGUGAUAAUACACUACUAACUCCAAGUCAUGAACAUUAAAAUAUCUCUGUUUAGCCAGUAAUCCAUCAUCAGCCAACCACACAUCUCGCAUGCAUGUUAUUUAUAUCAUUUUAACAAAGUUUAUGGCUGUUAUCAGGUCAGGCUCUGCGCCACAGCUGAGCAUUAAUCAUUAGUCCUCUUUUUUCCUUCAUCUGUCUUAUAAAACUUCAUUUCAAUUCAAAAUGUGGCCAUUAAGGUCCUAUGUGAUCCGUUUCCCUUUGUGUCUCACUGUCCCACACAAUCUUUUCAAUCAGGGUCUCCAGUUUGACUUGAGCUCAGCUACAUUCUUCACCCAGACUGUGCUGUUAUUAAGGAUUGUGACUUUAAAAGAAAAAAAAAACUUAACGCAAUGCCUUCCUCAAGUGCAUUAUACUAUAUACAUAUGAUUUUGUUUCUAAGACAUUGGGCUUAAUAUUCUGGCUAACACUUGAAAUUUUGAUUAUAUAUUGAAUUAUGAGCGUCUUUAGGAUGUGUGAAUUAUCUUGAAACCAAAUGCUGAAUUGACUUGAGGACCUAUGCCAAUCAGAUUCACUGUGUUGCUCCAACAUGGUCACAUGGAUAGAAAACAUGUACUUGUGUACAUAUUUAAACAAUUUUUAGGUUAAAGUAAUAGUGUGACUGAAUUAUUGAUAGUCACUUCUAAGAAGUGCAAAUAAAAAAACAUUCCUCAUGAGGUUCAAUUUUGACAGACGCAGCACUUCGAAUACGAAAUCCGUUAACCUUUCAUCAGUGGAUAACUGUGUAAAAUUAUGGAAACGGUGUGACAUCUGGUGUAUUCGAUCAACGCGCUGGAACAUUAAGGGCAGUGAUUGGUCAGUCUGAACCUUGUACAAACCUCAUCUGGCUCCCAUCAGCACCAAGAAAUCUGCUGGUGGUAGUACAGUUUUUAAAAGGACUGUUUACGGACAAUUAGCCAAACUAGAAGCAAGUGAGAGUGUGCUGAAAAUCCACGAGAAUGCUCAGUGAAGACUUUCGGGUAAAAUAAACAAACAAUGUAUGCAGUUAUAUUUGGACAUUUGGAUGUAUACAUUAUCAGUGAGAGUGUGUGCACUUUGUUGAUCCAUAAUGUAAUACCACUGUACGAGAGCCAUGGACACACAAAGCAGUUUGGGCAAUAUAACUUAACACUCUUCUCCACAUGUUGUAUACCGUGUUUGAUAAUUGUCAGAAGAACCUACCAAAACCCAGUUCAUACGUAUACAUAGGAGUAAUACUGCCUGACUCGGCUUAAAGCCAGUUUGUUGUAAACUGAAGGUCAUGUGUAGACAACAAUAGGUUCAAGGUGUGUGGUAUUCUGUAGCUGAGCUGCGUUCAUGGACACAGUUAUGUAUUAAUAUGUUGAAUUAAAAGAACAUGUAGAUGUUCAUCA